GCUCUGCUUUUGAUCCCACAGGGACUUGGAGCCUUUACAUUCCUGUCAUUCCAGCCGCAGCGAACAAUCGGCCCUCAGUUAUUUAUUCGUGCAGCUCGCAGCUCGGUCUGCUCAGUCUGCUGCUGCCCGUCGGCGCGCUCACACCGUACGUCGAGGAAGGAGCUCGGGAAACUUGUGGACUUUGUUGAAUUGAGCGCAGAAUACUGAGAUAUUACGCCACCGUAAACUGUUUCCUGUGUGAUGAUAACUAUCAUUUGAUUUGUGAAUUGCAAAGCACCUAACUGCCACCUGGAGGCUGUUUUCUUUGCUCAUUUCCCACGGACUGAAAUGAGAACCGCUGAAGGCUCAUCUGGAACGGUCCUGCACCGUCUCAUCCAAGAGCAGCUCCGCUACGGGAAUCUGACGGACACGCGCACGCUUCUGGCUAUCCAGCAGCAGGCCCUGCGUGGAGGCAGCAACAGCAGCGGCGGCGGGGGCAACGGCAGUCCUCGCUCCUCUCUGGAGAGCCUGACUCAAGAGGAGACCCAGUGCAUCCAGAUGUCCACACGACAGGAGCCACAAGGCCAGGAGUACCAAGGAGACUGCCUGCACUCCGAGAGCCAGGUGUGCCAUCUGUAUCAGCUCCAUGGAGAGGAGCUGCCCACCUAUGAAGAGGCUAAGGCUCACUCCCAGUAUUUGAUCUCCCAGAAGGGGCAGGCCGAGCAGGACAUGGACAUAAUGGGGAGUCACAGUGAGGGACAGUGGGACUUGAAGAGGGAGCACGCUCGCUCCCUCAGUGAGAGGCUCAUGCAGCUUUCUCUGCAGAGGAACGCACCCCGAGACAUCCUGAGCUCUUCACACAGCUAUCCACAGCUGUAUAAUAAUAAUAUUACAAACGCUGUGGCUGCUGACAGGCAAGGCGCCCAACAGUAUGUAGAGCAGCGUGGGCCGCCUCCGGACUAUCCUCUGUUUGCCAGACUUCCUGGAUACAUGCUCAGCCACUCACAGGAGCACGGACAAUACUCCAGAGAGCCCCCUCCACCCUUCUACUCGCAGCAUCACAGCAGGUAUGUGUCCGCUCAGUUCCAAGUGGCUCACAGCAUCCCCAGCGCAGCCUCCGGCGAUAACUCGGCUCAAACCGACGCGUUGAUGCGGGAGAACGAGCAGCUCAGGAAGGAGCUGGAGGUCUACAGCGAGAAGGCUGCCAGGCUGCAGAAGUUGGAGUUGGAGAUUCAAAGGAUAUCUGAAGCUUACGAGACUCUGAUGAAAGGCUCGGCCAAGCGGGAGACUCUGGAGAAAACAAUGAGGAAUAAACUAGAGGCCGAGAUUAAGAGGAUGCACGACUUUAACAGAGACCUGAGAGAUCAGCUUGACUCGGCUACCAAACAGCGAGCAGCCAAGGAGGCCGAGUGUUCAGACCAGAGACAGCAUGUGUUCGUUAAACUGCUGGAGCAAAAUGAGGAGCAGCAGCGUGAGCGCGAACAACUGGAGAGGCAGAUACAGCACCUGUGCGUCUCCGGGGAGGAGUGCCAGCGGAGGCGGGAGCUGCUCGAGCAGGCCCUGGCCUCGACGCAGGCCCGCAACCGGCAGCUGGAUGAAGAACUGCAGAGAAAGAGAGCCUACGUGGAGAAGGUGGAGAGACUGCAGAGCUCGCUGGCUCAACUGCAGGCAGCGUGCGAGAAGAGGGAGGCGCUGGAGCUGCGGCUACGUACGCGACUGGAGCAGGAACUGAAAAGCCUCAGGGCACAACAGUCUCAGAAACGGGCAGCUGACCCCACGGCUUCAGAACUGAGCUCCUCCACGUUGCAGCAGCAGCUGAGGGAGAAAGAGGAGCGUGUUCUGGCCCUGGAGGCAGACAUCACCAAGUGGGAGCAAAAGUACCUGGAGGAGAGCACCAUGAGGCAGUUUGCCAUGGAUGCAGCUGCCACUGCUGCCGCACAGAGAGAUACAACCAUCAUCAAUCAUUCACCUCGACAUUCACCAAACAGCAGUUUUAAUGAAGACCUGCCUUUGUCGAGUCACAGACAUCAGGAGAUGGAGAACAGGAUCCGCGCACUUCAUGCUCAGCUCCUGGAGAAAGAUGCUGUGAUCAAAGUCAUCCAGCAGCGCUCCAGAUGGGAGCAGGGAAAGCUGGAGAAACAGGGACUCCGUCCUGCCAGGUCCGUCCCCUCUAUCAACAGUGUGACCAGCAGCACGGAGAGUAAAGGAAAGAGCCUCUCAGAUGACCAGACAGAUUCCGCUGCGCUGCCACCCCAACCCCGCGUGGUGGGACCGCCCAGGGCCCCGAGCCGAGACUGCAGCACCCAAAGCGACGAGGUCCCGGAUGAGCCAGAGCUCACAGCAGAGCAUGGCAAGCUAAAGACAUCUGAAGUGAUCUCAGCAGCUUCCACUGACACCACAGAGGAGCCACUCAAGACAUUCAAGAGCAUCAACAGCUCAGACGCAGAUGUGGUUGAAAUCCUCAUUUGAGUGCUCACUGCCGCUGCUAUGACUGAACAGCGACAGCCAACGAAGACAGAGACUAAUGGUCCGAGGUGAUAAAGGCCUUCCUCUACGUCUGACCACAAGUAAAGAAAGAGGCUGAUCGUCCGACGUGAGCAGAGCCGUUUCACCUUCACCGACAUGCAGAGAGCAGAAUGUGUAAUGAGAGCUGAGCUUUCUUUCGACUGCGCAAUUCACAAACACUCACAUUUGCCUCAAGGGUCAGAAUUCUCCGAGGUACCUGGACAGCAUUCUGCUCUGUGAUAGGAACCUGGCUGCUGGUUGUGCUUAUACAUUUGUUGUGCAUGUUACUUUUUUUAGUUAUGUAUUGUAUUUAUAUUUGUAAAUGCUGCUCAUAUUGUGAUGUUACUUUUAUAUUUGAGAGGUGAGAAGAACAAGGAUCUCUGGCCUUGCUCUGCUCCACUUAAAUGAUAUACAGUUAUACUCACAUCUCUGGAUUAAGAGCGCAACCCUUCUAUGUUGUUUGGUUUAUUUUUGAAUUUCCAGUAGCGAGCUUAUUACCACUGUAAGUAAUGGGAAUAUUUAUAAUAUAAGCAUCUUCUGUGUUUUCAUGCCAUGUUUGGGGAUUAUUCUGUUUAACAGAACCUAAAUGAACAGUUGCUCCUCUCUUUUAAAAUACAUUCGGGGUCCUGCUUACAGCUCCGAAGAAGAUUUAGAAACUUUGAAUGCAAAGCCUGCAGGAUGUCUGCUCACUUCUCGCUUAAAAAAGCCUGCGAGGAUUGACAGUGUAUCACGGGGGUCUAAUUUUCCAGAUCCCGGGUUAAUGUUCGGGGGCCUCAGAUGGCGACUGCCCAGCAUUUCGCUCCCCUCCACUGACACACUGGAGCUAAUCUUCUCACAUUCCCUCACUGAGGGAAUGCUCCCGUAAAAGAAAAAGGCUAUCUAAAGUCUGACCCCUCGCCCUUGUUAAAAUGGCACGCAUUCUCCACAUGAUUCUCUUUCUGGGGCUGGUUAUUUCUUCUGAGUGGUGGUAGCUGGUUCUACCAUGAGCAUAGAAAUGGUCAACUAUAAUUGGCUUGCAUUUGCUAUUCUAUUUGUUGUCCCCACCACUGUGUUAUAUUCAGCUGUGUUGUCUUCAUUGCUCAAGUAUCUCACAUUUCUGAGUGGACUAUAUCCUUCACAUGGAAUCUUCUAUUUAUUUCUCCCUGCAUAGUGUAGGAUCACUGAACACUGCUGAAUGUAGACUCCUGUUUUUCAGGACUGUCCCUUUUUGUAUUUAACUGGAAUGUGCCACAACUCCGAUUUGUUCUACUCUUCAGAGGGGAAUACCGCUAAGCUAAUGAAUUAUCCUACAUUUUUAAAUUGUUGAAUUGUCAGAUUCCAUCUUCACAACAUUAUCAACAAGAGUAUUGUCCCACAUUUGACUGGUAUUCCCCUUCAAGCUUUUUCACCAUAUUUUCCAUCACAAUGUGUUUGCUGGUCAAUGCAGUGUGUCCGUUUAAGUUAAUACCCUUCACUCUUUUUGGAAUGUGUUUACAUGAAUAGCUAUUUGAAGUGAGAGAAGUUAAUAUAUUUUGUAGUGUUUUUUUUUUCAUCUGUAUACUGUGUUUGUUUUUGUUUUUUUGGUGCCAAAGAUGUACCCUACCUUAAGUUAUAACCAAUGUCAAAUACAAAAGGUCCUGUUAAGGUGCCUUGCUUCGGCUGGUUGACCCAUUUUGAUGUUGCUGUGAACUUUUGUAAAGGAUCAUUUGUAUGCCAUAACAUUUCACUAUAAUAGAUUAAAAUUCUUAAUAUAUGUCUG